CUUUUUGUGUGGAAAAAAUAGGGGAUUGUGAUUAUAGAGGCAUUAACCCAAGAGAAGCAAAAACAGCACAGUAGAUUUGGGAGCCCAAAAAAGAACCAAAAUUUCAUAAAUUUGGUCAGAAUACGAAACUGCCCGUUUUGUAACUCUGUGUUUGCAUGCCCAACACUUUGCCUUAAAUCCCUAAGCCUGAGGUGUUGUGAGUUUAAUAGCCUUGUCACUUUUUGAUGUUGGGGGUGGGGGUUUAUAUAACACUGGUGUGGGACUGGGAGUUUUCCCAAGUCUGAUUUCUGGGUUUUGAGUUUUGUUCUGUUUUGUUUAGGUCUCAGAGUUUGAAACACAAAACCACCAAACAAAAGGGUCUUCUGGAGUUCUGACAAUGUCGUCCUCUAAGAAAGAGCUUGAGGAGCAGCUUAAGCAGGCUGGACAUUCUCUCCUUAAGCCUCCUUCCAACACUGAUGAGCUCCUCAAACUUCUUGAUGAAGUUGAGGAUUUGUUGUCAGAUGUGGGGCAAGCACCAUCUACAUCCCUGCAAGAUGCGCUUCUACCCACAAUGACAGCAUUAAUCUCUACAGAACUGUUACGACACAGUGAUAUGGAUGUGAAAGUUUCUGUUGCAUCAUGUAUCACUGAGAUUACUAGAAUAACAGCACCGGAAGCCCCAUACAACGAUGAACAAAUGAAGGAAAUUUUUAAGCUGACUGUAGCAGCUUUUGAAAACUUGGCACAUCUAUCCAGUCGCUCUUACAAAAAGGCAGCUUCCAUUCUAAGAGUUGUUGCGAAGGUCAGGUCAAGUGUGAUGAUGCUGGACCUUGACUGUUACACAUUAAUUGCUGAGAUGUUUCAACAUUUCCUAAAUAUAAUCCAGUCCAACCAUCCACAUGCUGUAUUUUCAGACAUGCAAACUAUUAUGACAAUGGUUUUAAAUGAAAUUCAUGAAAGUGAAGAAAUUCCCUUGGAACUUCUCAAAAUUCUUUUAUCAAGCGUUAGAAAGGAAAAUCAGAAUGUUUCACCUUUUUCUUGGAAAUUGGGGGAGACAGUGCUCGAUAAUUGUUCUGCUAAGGUUAAACCGUAUCUCAUGGAGGCAGUGAAGUCCAUGGGUACUGCUAUGGACGAUUAUGCUCAUAUAGUGGCUUCUAUAUGCCAAAAUGGAUCUGGUGCCCUCAAACUUGAUCAUGUCAAUGAUUCUGCGAAGAAUCUGGUGACAGAGGUAGUUACUGCUGAUGCUGCUUGUCCGACAGCAGUUGACAAAUCUGUGCCUGCUUCCGCUCGUGAUGAACAUAAAGUUUUACGUGACUCUUCUAAAACAUUACAGCGUUGUCAUCUUACUAAACAUUCCAAGGAGGUUGAUUCACAAGAUGGUGCUCAACCCGACAAAACAUUCUCUGUGAAGGCUGUCAAAUCAGUAACUGAGCCAGAUUCGGGUACCAAAAAGAAAGCCAAAAGGCCCAGUUCUUCAAUGGAUCCAGAGGAAAAAUCAGAAAUUGAGCCAUAUUCAGCUCCAAAAAAGAGAGGCCGGAAGCCAAAUUCUUUAAUGAAUCCAGAGGAAGGCUACGAGAAUUAUUGGAUGCAUUCUGGAAAAAAAUCUCCAAAAUCAGCUGGCAACAGGAAGUCCCAUGAAAAGGGAUCUAAUAGUUUAUCUACUGAAGACAAUCUUCGUUUGAAGGUCACUUUGUCAUCCACUUUGCCAUCGACACUUAAAGAAGUGACUCAGCCAUCCACUUUGCCAUCUACACAUCAAAAAGUGACUGAGCCACCAAAUGCUCAACCUAAAACAGAAGGGGAGAUAGGAUCUGCAUCUUCGUUUCUACAAAAUGGCCAUCCUGAGGGAACUGAAUCCAGAAGGCGUCGGCCAAAGAAGCAAGUAGCCGUAGCACAACAAGAAGCUAAUCCUACUUCCCUUUCAGCUGCAAAGGGAGAUUUUUCGAGUGCUCAGGCUGAAGAGAAAAGUCCACGAUCAAUGGAUACCUUGAAUAUGGAAUCUAAGGAGACGAGUAGCUUAAAAGCAAAAUCACGGGGACGCCCUAGAAAAUUUCGUGCCAAAACAAAUGAUGAGACCAUUAUUGCUUCUGUACAUGUUGGCACAGAGAAGGAAUCUGCAGUUCCAUGUGAUCCGGAGGAAAAACAACAAGAGUCAGCUUUGACUCUUGGAACUGGGAAUAUCAAUGAUCAGUCAGCUGUGCAAAAGGUUGGGACUGGGAAUGUGAGUGAAACAAAACCGAGGGGGCGGCCUAGAAAGCUUGCUGCAAAAAUAAAUCAGGAGACCUUUCUUGCUUCUGAACAUGUAGCAGUCACUGAAAAAGAGUCACCAGUCCCAUGUGAUCCUGAGCAAAAACAGCAGCAAGAGCCAGCUCUACAGUAUGAAACUGGGAGUAUUAAGGAUCAAUCAGCUAUAAAGGGUAUCAAGAAACGUAGGCGGGAUGAUGCUCCUAGUAAAGAUAGUGCUGAAGGAUCUCUUAGCAAGAAGUUUUCCAAGUGUGAGGCAAAAUUGGAGGGAGAUAAAAAUGUUGUUACAGGAACCCCUAAGAUUGUACGCAAGAGGAAGCGUUCCAUUGGAAAGGAAGAGGCUAAUCCAAUGCCCGAUCCUGAUGACCGCUUAAUUGGCAAAGGAAUAAAGGUUUGGUGGCCUCACGACAAAACGUUUUAUGAUGGUAUUGUUCGUUCCUACGACGCUGUUAAAAAGAAGCACUUGGUGCUUUAUAAUGAUGGGGAGAAAGAAAACCUGAACCUUCGAAAGCAACGGUGGCAAUUGAUUGGAGAUGAUUCAAAAGAUCCAUGUAUACAACUUGGACAAAAGAGCGAUACACCAAAGACUGAUGCUUCUGACAUACCACAAAAGAGGAAGCGGAAAGCAAAAUCAGAGUCAUCUAAGCAAGCAAAUGCUGGUUUCUCCUUGAAAAGGAUAUCUAGAACUGGAGCCUCAGCUGGCUUAUCCACUGUUGAGUGUAUGAAGUCUGACAGUAAAUCUGCAGACCGUUCUACAGUUAGUGAGCCUAUUAAAGAUGAAACACGGGAUGACAAGUCCAAGGAAAUUGACAGGUUGACGGAUGAUGAAGGUGAAAUAUAUGCUGGCAAGUUGAAGGCAGAUAUGAAGACUGGUAUUGACUCUACGCAGAUCACACCUGAGGCUAUGACCUUGUCUAAGGAAGAGAGUGCAAAAGUUGAUAUUGAACCCUCUGUUAGUGAUGGUGCUAAAGAAAUGAAAGAAUUGAGCAAUGGUGCAAAGGAUGCAAGUUCCUCCCCUUCACCUGUGUUGGACAAGGCUGUGUAAACACAGAAACAUGCAUGAUUCUUGCUCUAGUACCAAAAGCGUCGUCGGUUAGUCUCUAUUUUGUUCCAUUGCAGACACAGAAACAUGCAUCUGGUGUCACUUUUCACUCUGAUGCAUGGUUUUCACUCUAGUACCAGAACUGUCGGUUAGGACUUAGGAUUUUGUUCUUGUAGACACAGCAACAUGCAUCCAGUGGUGUUUUCCCCCUAAUGCAUGGCUUUCACUCUAGUAUUGAAAGUGUCGGUUAGCCUGUAAUUUGUUCCUUGACUUCUUCUGUAUACACAGAAACCUGAUGGGUUUUCUUAUAAAGUAAUAUAUGUUUAAGCUUUA